AAAGAGCAACGGUUUGACCACCAUUCCGUGCACAAGUGUCAAGCUUAUACGUCAAACCUUAAUAAAAACAAUAACUGCUCCUUUGAUAAAAAAAAAAAAACAAUAAAGCACCUUUGAAUCAAAACUGAAGUAAUACCAUUCACAAAAAGUGAAAAGUGACGAAUAACAAUUGAGAGUAUUUUUAUCGCAGUGAUGUGAGCUUUGAACAAAAAGUAUUGAAAGCACAAUGGAUUCCAAAAUACUUUUGUUGUCCAUCAUCUCCAUUUCAUUUGUGACCUUCACGAUUGCAACGACUUCGUGUGACCUCCAAGACCGCCAUGAUUGCACCUACACCAUCGUUUGCCACUACCACGCUGGCAACGCGUGGACCCCAGAAUGUGAAUACGAACCGAACGUCACUUUCAUCAUGACUGAGUCAUCCACAGACACCCUGAAUUCUGGAUUCUUUGGCGCAACAAAUUUUGACACCAGAGUCCGUACCUUCAAAGCCGUCCGCAACAACUGGACCAACCUUAGUAGCUUCGCCUUCAGAUACUACGUUAAAACUAUUAAGAUGGACCUCUCCGCCAACAAGAUUGAAGACAUAAAAUACGAAGCCUUCAAAAACUUAGCUGCUCUACAGUCGCUGAAUCUGUCUAACAACAUUAUCCAAACAUUGAACCCUAAAUCAUUCUUAAUAUCCGAAAAUAGGAACACCGAUCUAGAAAUUUUAGAUUUGUCGCACAAUUACUUGACUGAACUAACUGGAGACAUAUUUGGUUAUGUACCCACUCUAAAAAAGUUGUAUAUGCAAUAUAAUUUAAUAUAUACGAUAACAGAAGAUUGUCUGAGCAACCUUAAAAAUUUAACCGUUCUGCAUUUACAUCACAACCUAAUAACGGCUCUUAAUAUGACAUUGAUCAAUUUGAGAUCUCUUAAAGAAUUGGAUGUAACAUGUAAUAAAAUAACUAAAAUAUCAGGUUUUGAAGUUAACCGUCUUGUAUCUCUUGAAAGAAUAAACUUGUCACAUAAUGAAAUCGAAGUCGUUGAAUCCGAUUGUUUCAAUCAAGCGUCCAACCUCAUGACUGUUGAUCUGAGUCAUAAUAGAAUCAAGUCCCCCAUAGAAACUGUCCUGUUCGCUAACAAUAACAAGCUCGCAUAUUUAGAUUUAUAUGAAAACAAUAUUACUCAAAUACAAGACAAUGCCUUCCAACAUACCAAGCUAAAAUAUUUAAACUUACAGAAAAACAAUUUGACGGGAGAGAUAACUGGAAAUACAUUUAGCGGUUUGAAAAACAUAACGAAGUUAAACUUGAGCAACCAAAGUAUAACGAUUCUAAGAAACAAUGCGUUCUCAGACGCAGUUAACUUAGUUGACUUGAACUUAAGCCAGAACAACAUUCAACUUAUUGAAAAUUCCAGCUUCGCUAAGGCAGUUUCAUUGAACAUUCUAGAUGUCUCGUACAAUAACGUGUCCAACUUGAGUUUUCUAAGAAAUACUUUAUCGAACUUAACCCAUUUGAACUUAAGAAAUAAUAGCAUCACUGAAAUAACAAGAAAUACUUUUAACAAUCAAACCGUUAUGUACAUGUUAGAUAUUUCAGCCAAUUUAAUUCAAAACAUUGAAGCGGAUUCCUUGCCCUUGAACAAUUUGCAAUAUAUAAAUAUAACUGAGAAUCGUUUAUCCGGAGUUUUGAACAAUAACGUAUUUUGCCCGGCAAAGACUCUGAGAUAUUUAGAUUUGACCCAAUUCAAAUUAAAUAAGAUCAAUAAAAUGGCUCUAUUUGAUUUACCGCUCCUCGCUCGCCUGAACAUUUCUUAUAAUGAAUUGGAGUACGUAGACCCAAAUAAUUUUGUGGGCAUGAACAACAUGUACUCUUUAGAUUUAUCUUAUAAUAAACUUUCUUGGUUCCACGUGGACAACAUAUCUUUACCUAAUCUUAAGGGUUUGUAUUUAAAUAAUAAUAAUAUUUCCAACAUUACCCUUACUUUAACAAACAUGACAGGCCUUUUACAUGUAGAACUGUCGGAUAAUAAUAUUUCUGAGCUGUCAGACGUGCCAUUUUCAAAAAUAACGAAUUUGAAAGGACUGCAUUUAGACCGUAAUAAACUUAAGGUUUUCAACAAUGAUCAAAUAAAUACUUUGACAGAAUUAAGAUUAUUGACACUUUCGGGUAACGAACUUACCGAAAUAAAUCUCAGUUACUUUACGGAAGUAAUGACUGUGGACUUAAGUUACAAUAAAAUAUCUUACUUCAACUCAACAUUGUUUGAAAAUCUUGAGCGUUUGCAGUCUAUAGAUUUAAGUGGUAAUGGUAUCACACAAAUAACUCCUGGUACUUUUCAAACAGUUAAAAUUUUGAAGCUGCUUAAUUUAUCUCAUAAUAAUUUGACAAAUCUGCGAUACGGUAACUUCAGAGGACUUCAUAGGACUGAAGUUUUGGAUCUUUCGUUUAACAACAUUGUUGAAAUUGACGUAGAUGUAUUUCACGAAUGUGUAGAACUUAUAAGGCUAACAAUCGACUACAAUCAUUUAAAAACGCUUGAUGUAGAAAGGCUUAUAGGGACGUUGCCAAAACUGAAAACUUUGAGUUUAGGAGGCAACCCGAUAUCAUGUAAAGAAAUCGUUCGAAAUAUCAAAAGUGCUAGUACAAACAUGUUGCGACAGGUUGAAGUUACGUCUAUAGACAAAAUUUUUCAUGAAGACAACGUACAUGGUAUUAAGUGCGGUGAUACAAAUAUGCCCACGACGACUGCAAAAUCUGAGACUGCCCAGUUAAAUGGUGAUUCCAGUUCAUUGGCGUUAGUGAUUUGGUGUUCAGUUUUGACAGUGGUAGUUUUACUAGCAGGUGUGGGACUCUUUGUGUAUAAGAAGAAUAAAUCAGUUGUAUAUAGGGAAUCUAGAUUGCAGCUUAGGAAUUCUCUUUCAGAUUUCGUUAGUUCUGAAACGCAAAAUGAUCUGUUAGGCUGAGUGAGUCAUGGGGAGAUGAACAGUUCGUUAUCAAAUGGUAUCUUAUUUUUUUAUUCAGUACAAUUUAAAUGUAUAAAAUGCCUGAACUUGUAAAGGCAAAUGACAAAAGUGUAUUAUGUUGUGAUUUGGAUUGAUUAGAAUUUAAUUUUAGGUAUAAUAAAUAAUUAUAAAUAUUUAGUUUAUUUUCUGUGAUGUUUAUAUUAAUAACUGUAUUAUUAGUAUUUAUCAUUAUUAAAAUUUCACAUUGACAAUUGGUUCAUUACAUUAAAUAAUUAUGGUCUAUGACAUUAAUUGUAAAUGAAAUAAUAUUUUUAAAUUACGCAGGUACAAAAAAUCGAAUCUCUUCAAGACAAAAUAGUUAAGUACUAUGAAAUAUUGUGAUUUUUUUACCCGAAAUAUUGAUAUAAAGCCACAUAUAAACGACAUACAAAUACCUGGCAAUAUUGUACUUUCAGAUUCGUGUCGAAGCAUGUACUACGCACGAAUUUUACAUGUGCAUGCGGUGCAUGCCGCAUACGGCGCGUGGCGCAUAUGCUUCGCAAUAUUUAGCACGUCACAUGUUUUCUGACAACGAUUGUUUUGGAUGUAAUAUACGACUUACGAAUAUAAUAUAGAAUUUUAAAUAAAAUA